CCCUACUCAGCCUUGAUCCCCCGUCAUAUGACGUAUGACGCACUAAAAGAAUUGAUUCGAUUGAAUCGUGUAAUAUUAUUGCGCUAGGCGUAUCCGGCGCUUAGUAUUUAAGUGUAAUCCGCCAAAAACUGUUGUGUAAGCUUUGUAAAAUCAGUUUCUGGAUUUGCCGCCGCGUAAAACACCGAAUAAAAGAUGGCUGCUCCACCAAUCUACAAUCCCGUAAUACCAUGCGUGCACCCCAUACCCGCGGGUAUGUACCCCGGCCGCAUGAUCAGAGUUCAAGGCAGCACUCCUCCCGGCGCACAGAGGUUCGCGAUAAACUUCCAAUGUGGUCCCAACACGGAUCCCCGCGACGAUAUCGCUCUUCAUCUCAAUUUCCGUUUUGUGGAGAUGUGCGUGGUCCGGAACCACCUCACCGCUAUGAACUGGGGAGUUGAGGAGACCAAUGGCGGUAUGCCACUCAACAGAGGAGACUCCUUCGAAGCCCUUAUCCUGUGUGAGCCUCAAUCUUUGAAGGUGGCAGUGAACGGAGUACAUUUCUGCGAGUUCCCCCAUCGCGUACCGUUCCAGAGGAUCUCUCACAUCACCGUCGACGGUGAUGUCAUGAUUCAGCUGAUUGCCUUUGAAGGGGCACAACCACCUCAGCAAAUGUACAUGUCUGGACCACCCGCGUACGGAGCGUACGGCGCUCCGCCUCCAGCGUAUGGAGCCCCCGGCUACGGCGGAGCACCCCAAGGGCAAGGUCGACCUCCGGGUGGUGUGACGUAUCCACCACAACAACGGCCGAUGAUGCAAGGGCAACCGCAGUUAGUCCAAGGUCAACCCCAGUUUGUCCAAGGUCAACCCCAGUUUGUGCAAGGUCAACCUCAGUUUGUGCAAGGUCAACCUCAGCGACGUGGAAUGGGCACGGGGGCUGCUGUGGGCAUGGGGGCGGCAGCCCUCGCAGCCGGGGGCAUUGCGGGGUAUGCCAUGGGAGGAGGGUUUAACAGCGACAGUCCACCACCAGCGGUGGAGACAGCUUCGUUUUCAGAAUCCAUCGACUUCGGUGGAGAUGAUUGGAUGGAUUAAGGAGGCUGUAACGGUAAUAAUUAGUGCCAUUCUAGUGCCAGGCACCAAUCGUAUUUGUUAUAGGGUCUACUAAGUGGCAGGUAGGUCUAAUUAAUGUUUAAGCAGGUUUUUCGUGC